AUGUCUCAAACGGUUGUGGAGUUGCACUGGUUUCCGAAGUACUCGGAUCGAUUUUUGACCGCAGCUAGUUCCGAAAUCAAUUUGUAUCAGGUGAAAAACGAUCUCAUCGAUCAUGGCGAGAAGUCGAAUAUAAAUUUGGAUAUCUCUAAGUCAACCACUGCCACAUUGAUUGCCUUCGAAACGCGCUAUCAGUUUGUGCGUACUGUAGCACCGUCCUACCAUGGUGGAGGAGAAAUCAAUUUUGCAGCUGGUCUGCCGAACGGAAAGGUUGCAUUAUGCAACUUUGUGACCGAAAACAAUGUCGAAUUCACACCGAGAAUAUCGCGAGCAUGCACAUGUAUCGCUUGGAGCGAGCUGGAACCCAAUUUCCUUGCGAUGGGACACGAUCGCAACAGGUCCGACAAUUGCAUCACCAUCUGGGACACCGAGCGUGGUGUUCCAAACCAAUCAUCGAUCGUAAGCAUGAUCGGAUUGUCGGAAACCGCUCAUUCGGUCUGUUGGGACAAGACAUUCCCACAGGUGCUGAUAGCAGGCAUGAGUCACAAGUACAUCAAAAUGAUGGACUUUAGACAGAACCCAGUCCUCACAACAGUGGCAAACACUCGCACAGUGAAUGGCGUUUGUGUCGCACCGAACGGUCGUUAUUUGGCAAGUUACGUCGAGAAUAUUAUAAACCUGUGGGAUCUCCGUUCGCUGGAGAAACCAAUAAGUCAAAUACAGAUGCAAAAGAGUAUAAGCCAACUGUCCUGGUGCCCGACUCGUUCGUCCGUAUUGUCGACGUUACAGCGCGACUCACCGUUGAUAAAUUUAAUCGAUUUGCAUUGGCCGGGUUCGGAGAUGGAUGGCGGUGAACCACAUUCGGUGAAGCGUUUCGUGUCACCCUUUCAAACCACGUCCAGCAUGUUGAUGACGAGCCGAAUACCGUCGAUGGCGUACCUUUCCUGGCAUCCGUACGAUCUCGAACGUAUGCUGGCAUUGUCUAGCGUUGGCAAUAUUUGCGAUUACCGCAUCCCGCAGCGGGUGGCCGUAUCGUGGGAUAACAACAACAAUCUGUUCGGUAACAACGGUAACGAUCUGCGCCAGUUCGCAACGCCAACACGCUCGUCAACGCCAACCGAUUCGCUGAAUCAAUGGAAUAUCGAUAGCAGCGAGGAAGACAUUGCGGAAACGAUGCAACACCGGGCGCUAAAGAAUUAUGGACUGAUGGCGGACCUACAGCGAAAUGGUGAUCUAGUGGAGAAGAACGACGGUUUGCAAGCUGUCUGGCGAAUGCUUGGCCACAUGGUAAAGGAAGAGAACAAACAGGGUCUGAAGGAAAUUCUCGGCGUCAAUAAUGGAUUGGACGGCCCACCAAUGUCACAGUCGGAACCGGUCAACACGAAAUGGGUUGAUUUCAGCAUGUGCAGCGGGUUGGUGGUUUAUCGGAGCGAGCAGCGCGAUGUCGCCCAGCUGCUGUGUGGAUGGACGUUUGAGCGUGAGAAAGAUUCCACCUUCACCGCGUUUUUGGACGAACUGUGCUCGAAGCGAGAGUACACGAGAGCGGCCCUUUUAGCGUGCUUUCACUUUCGGGUGCGUCUGGCGAUUGAUAUAUUGGGCCGGGGAGCUGACCAGGCAUCGGAUCCCAGCUCAUUGUUGCGCGUAGCCGCCAUCGCACUGUCCGGAUUUUCCGCCGAACGGUCCGAGCUGUGGCGGAAGCAGUGCGGUGCGGCCCGUACCCAGAUCGACGAUCCGUAUCUCCGGUGCAUGUUUUCCUUUCUGGCGUACGAAAAGGAUGGUUUCGAAACGGUCACGAACGAGACGCAAAUUUCGCUCAGCGAUCGUAUGGCAUUUGCUUGCAACUUUCUGUCCGAUGUGAAACUAGCCGAGUACACCAAGGGCAUGGUGGCGAAUUGUAUAGAGACGGGCGAUUUAAACGGUUUACUACUGACGGGUGCAAGCAACGAUGGUAUCAGCCUGCUGCAGAGUCAUCUCGAUCGAACGGAAGAUGUACAAACGGUGUCGCUGAUUGCGGCCCGUUUUCUCACCUCGGAGCUGCUGGCAAACUAUCGCGUCCAGUACUGGAUCGCAACGUACCGGGACAUGCUGGACGUGUGGGGUUUGUGGGAGCAACGGUCCCAGCUGGACAUUACGCUCGGUAGCAUUCGGUCACCACCACGCAGUUCGCGGUCCGUGUUUCUGUUGUGCAACUUUUGUGGAAAGAAUGUAUCGAUCGCGUUGCAGGAGGAUGCAAGGUUGCGAGGAAACGCUACCACCAUGCACAAACUGUCCUCCUGUCCGCAUUGCCGCAAACCGUUGCCCCGGUGUGCGUUGUGUUUGCUACACAUGGGAACAACGAUGGGUGCCAUAUCGCAGAGCCAAGCCAUUCACGGCCAGAUCGGGUGGCAAUCGAAACCGUUCUCCAAGUGGUUCAGCUGGUGUCAAACGUGCCGGCACGGUGGUCACACCGAACAUCUGACGGAGUGGUUCAACCAAAACACCGAAUGCCCGGUGACUUCGUGUAACUGCAAGUGCUUUGCCAAAGAUUUGCCGAUGCCACAGUUCCCGCGUGACAAGGAUAGCGUUUCCUGA